GACGUCAUGCGGGCUGCAGCAGAGACUUAAGCCUCAGUCGGCUUCUGGAUUCAAUCGCAGCUGUAUUAUGCUCGUCUCGUCGGCUGUGUGAAAUGCCGAACCUCGAACCGCGUGGAUCUAUCGCGAUCGAGUGACGAAUUCCAGUGCAAACCAGUGCCAAGUGACGAAGCGUCGUUCCAUUUAAGUAGAACACUUUGAGGUGGAAGUGUUAAGGCUGCUUGUUCUUGAUGCGAUUCUAAGACAAGGGACAAUCUUUGAAAAAUGGAAAUCAAUCGAAGUGUGGCGCAUGUGACAGAUGGAGGAGAUCACGACGACAGUUUGACAUCUUCAACUGUCAGCUUUAACAGCACGGAGAUUUGCAUUGAAUCUAAUGAGCGUACUCCAUUAUUGUCGAGAUCCGACUCUUCUCAAGAGACUCCGACUUCUACUGCUCCAUGUUUCUACACAAAAGAAUGCCUUAAUUGGCGUACUAUUGGACUACUCGUGAUGUUUACUAUCGGCCUGGCUGUGGCCACAUAUUUGCUCUGGAGAGAAACAAUAGAUUUUGGGGAAAUUGGAUAUAGAUUAAGUCUAACACAGCAUGAUAUAUGGAGUGCGGUCCAAUUAGAAGACCAGACAUUGUUGGAGGCUGGAAAAGUGGUGAAUGUGUACGUAACACACACUGCCAGCGAGGAAUGCACUGAGAACUGUGCACAGUUGUUGAACAUUUUGCAGAGCGGGCAUUUGGGGGAGCUUCCGUAUAAUUUUCUGAUGGCAGGCGACUGUGAAGCAUACGAGGCGAGGGGUUGGAGAUAUGUGAGCAACUAUGGAAGAGUGCCUCAGAAAAGUUCCCUGGUUUUGGCCUUUGUGGGGGACUUUAGUGUGAGAUUGCCGAGCGAUUGUCAGCUGGAAACGGCUGAGGCAUUGCUGCGGGAAUCGCUGAGAAGAAAGAAACUGCAGCCUGGUUAUCAGUUGUAUGCGUUGAGUAAUGUCAGUCGAGGCGAACUCGAUGCGGAUGCACUGCAGCAUCAGUUGAGACAAUGGCCGCUCUAUGCUGGCCAGCAAAAAGUCAAGUGAAAGUAUAAUUGUUGCUAAUUGCAAUUAGUUCCUCUCGAUUUUUAUUGUACGCCACGAACAAAAUAAGUAUUUUACAAAAUAAGCGCAGGAUUAUUAAAGCGGGGUGCCACCGUAAAGCGAAGCGAGUCUCCAGCUCCCAAUCCCGAUUCCGACUCCGAUCCCAAUCCGAAUUCGGGCAGAUGAGCUAGCAAAGCAUUGCGCUGCGUGUGCCGUUACAAAGUUAAGGAUAACGCCUAAGACUAUAGCUUAAUGUCUACAGCUAAUGCUGGAUGAAGAUGAUCUCCCAUGCCCGAUCUACGGCCUAAUCGAACUCCAGUUUCCGAAAACUGCCCUCGAUCGACUCGAUCUGUGAGACGAAAUUUGUGCCCGUGCUGGUCUUCUCGGAAUUGUAGCUACUACGUCGUUGAAUACCACGAUCCGAGAGCAAUGUACUCUGAUCCAGCGACAGCACCAAGUCCCGUUUGGCAGCCAGCUCCUGUUUCCAGAGCUCGAUCAUCUGACGCAUGGGCAUGGAGCCACCCAUCUCUUGGGGCAGACACUCGGCAUCGACGCCCUUCAUCAGCUCCUUCUCGCUGCCGUAGAUGAUGAUGCGGUUUUUCAUCUUGGAACUGACGCGAUUCUUGACAAAGUCAAUCAGCCAUUUCAAUGUGGAAGGCACAUUGAUCAGAUGAAUCUCCUUGUGGCGCAUGGGCAGCGAUUGUUCGCCCCAUUUGAAGACGCGUGCGAACUCUGUGGGAUUCCAGUUGGUCACAUGCGAGGUGGUCACACCGGCAAAGUCACCCACAUGACUGAGACCUGUGAUUUGUGUCUCCUGAUCCUCCAUCAGGCACUCGUAGGUGAGAAAGUGAGCUUUCGCCUGAUCGCAGCUGGUGUGCAACUUUGGAUUCAAGCCUUUGGCAUUGAUGAUCACCACACGUCUGCCGUUCUUAUCCCUCUUCGGUCCCGCAAAUAUGUAUCCCUGUUCGAUGACAUCGCUCAGACGCGGCUCCAGAAAGUCCAGCUUCGUGGCCAUGUGCGGGAAGGUGCGUCUUAUAUUCAGAUACUUGAGCAUCGUCUGUUCCGCCAUCGGCACACUGAACUUUUUGGCACGCAGAAAGCGCAACAGGAACGUAUCAUCACAGCGCACAUUCUGCAGAUCCUCGUUCUUCAAAACCCAAUUGCGCAACUGUUCUAGGCUCUGAUCCCGCGUGCACUUGUCCUCGCGCAGCUCCCGUUUGGCAAUCUUCAGCAGCGAUUCCGGCAGCUCAGAUACACCGCCAUCCUCCAGUACCUUAGUCUCCUUCAUUUCUUUUAUUUAUGACUCUUUGCUUUGCUGCAGUUGGUCUACGUGGCGUAUGCGCAAUGUCAGGUGUGCUGAAAAUGUAAAUAGAUUAAAAAUCUUUAAGCAAAUACAGUUGUUAACUAAUUAAUAUAAAAAACUUCAAGUAAAAAUAAUAUUGUUAAUUGCUUUUGAAUAGAGUUUAAUUGAUGCAUCUCGCACUCCACUUAAUUGAGCUACUUUUCAAGCCAAACUAAUCAACUCGAAACAAUGUUUAAAACAAUGCAACUUCUGCACAAAUAAACGCUAAAUAAAAUUAGCUCAAGGUCUCUCACAA